UUGUCCACGGCGCCUCUUUCAUUCUUUUCUCUCUCUCAGCCUAUAUUCUCUCCCUCCCUACUUUCUCUGUCUCUCUUCCUUCCGUCCCUCCCUAAACUAACAGUGUGUCUGGGUUUAAAUACGCUCGCUCUCUUUCCUCUCCCUGCUCUCUCUUUUCCCUUUCUCUCAUCUCUCUCUUUUUCUCUCCCCUCUCUUUGUCUCUCUUUCUCUCCAUCUCCUCUCACCCUCUCUUUUUCUCUCUCUCCUUAUCUUUUUCCUCUCUCUAUCUCUCUCCUCUUUCUAACGUCAUGGUCCCUCCCUGGUUUAAAUAUCGUGCGUUUUUUCUCCCUUUCGUCUCUGAGCUGAAAUGAGGAGCCAGUAGCCAAUCACAAUCACACCUCCGGAUUUUUUUGGGAUUUUUGAAUUUCACCGACACGAACGGACCACGAUGUUAGCUCGCGAGGCCUUCGUUACCCUGGCGACCACGGACUCCUACAGCAAAGGAGCCGUGGUGGUGGCCAAGAGUUUGCGGCGGCACGGCACGACUCGCAGCAUCGUCGUCAUGGUAACACCCAACGUCUCCAGCACGGCCAGAUCCGCCUUAUCGGAGGUGUUUGACGAGGUGAUCGUGGUGGACCUUCUGGACAGCGAGGACUUCCUUCGUCUGUCUCUGCUCGGACGCCCUGAGCUCGGAGUCACCUUCACGAAGAUCCACUGCUGGACCCUGGUGCAGUUCAGCAAAUGUGUGUUUCUCGACGCAGAUACUCUGGUGCUGAGUAACGUGGACGACCUGUUCGACCGCGAGGAGCUCUCCGCCGCCCCGGACCCCGGCUGGCCCGACUGCUUCAACUCCGGAGUGUUUGUGUUCAGGCCGUCGCUGCAGACCCACGCGCGGCUGGUGCAGCACGCCAACCAGCACGGCAGCUUCGACGGAGGAGACCAGGGUUUGUUGAAUUCGUUUUUCAGUUCUUGGGCGACAGAAGAUUUGUACAAACACCUCCCGUUCGUGUACAACCUGAGCGCGAGCACGGUCUACAGUUACCUCCCAGCCUUUAAACAAUUCGGUCACAAAGCUAAAAUCGUUCACUUCCUGGGCUCGACUAAACCGUGGAACAGCAGCGCGGGCUCCAGCUCUCAGACGAUGGGACGAUACGUGGACAUGUGGUGGACAGAGUAUCACAGUCACACCUCCUCCUCCUCUUCUUCUUCUUACUCUGCACCCUCCACUUCCUCUGCUCAGGAGAAACCCGACAUCCCCUUCGUGUCCUACGCCAAGAAAACUGCGAGAAAGACCAAAGAGGAGAAGAAAACGGUCAAACAGGUUCAGGUUCAGGUGAAAGAAAUUUCCACGACCGUCCGAGAAAUCCAGCAGCGUCCGGCCUCACUGCAGCCACCUUUGCCCACGACACCACAGGUUGAAGUCGUACCUCCGGAGAAGAAAGUGGAGGAGGUAGAGAAGGUGGAGGACAAGAAGGUGGACUCAGGUAAACUCAGUGAAGAAGACAGUGAAGAAAAACAACAGGAAGCAGUGGAGGAUGAAGAAAGCGUCGCGGAUCUGGCAGAGCGAGAAGAGACGGAUGAAGAGGAGGAGGAGGAGGAGAUGGGCACCAGCAGCGAUGGAGAAGAGGACGGCACCCACCCUAGCGCUGCAGACUCGGAGGACGAGGAGGAGCAUCGCAGACAGUGGGAGAUCGGACAGGCCGAUUACUUGGGACGAGACGCGUUUGAGCACAUUCAGAAGAUGCUCGACCGCUUCCUGGGCUAAACCUGCGUCAACAACAACAAUUUAGGACUGUUAAUAACGUUUGCUUUAAAGCUCCACUGUGUAACUUUUCUUUCGCCUGCUUGUCUUCAUUUGGGAAGUAAAAACUAGUCCAUUUAAACCGUUUGCAGUGGUCCAAAGUUAUUCCUCACUUACUUAAUGCAU